UUCAGUUUAUAUUGAUCUUUCUGGAUUUAUCCAUUGGAGGAGAAGGAGAAACGCUUGAUUUAGAUUGUUGGUGUUUUGUUUUUAAUUUUGUUAAGGCUCCACAGGCCUUUGGGCACGUGGCACCAAGGAAGAGAAACCUUUAUGGUGAGAAACAGAAGAGGAACCCUAUAAGGAGUGCCAGGAGUAAGGGGCUGUAGGUUACUGAGCCCCUCUCCCCUCCUUCCCAUAUGCCCCACUGACUGGAAACACACAAAAGCCCUAUACUUAACCAGCUCUGUCAACUGUUGGAACCUGCUGGUGGGGUGAGGACGCAUUCCUGAGCGAUAUGUGUGGCCGAAGUGCACUGCUGCAGCUGGUAGCAUGAGUGCUGGCCCCCAGCUGCAGCUGGCUGUCCUCUGGCCUUGGCUGCUAGUGGCUACACUGCAGGUUGGACUUGGCCAUACUGGGCUGGCACUGGCAGUGGAGUCAGAGAGGUCAGCAGCACAGAAGGCUAUUAUUAGGGUGAUUCCCUUAAAAGUGGAGCCAAUCACAUUGGAAGGAGUGUUUGCUAAUGUUGCUGAGGUUACUCCAGCAGAAGGAAAAUUGCUGCAGUUCCACCCGCUGUCUCUGUGUAACACCAGUGAGGACGAGCACACCGGCUCCGGCUUUGUCACGAUUGUCAAACUCGAGCGGCCCGAUCGAGAUCUGCACCCCUGUCUGUCAUUGGCCAACAAGGCGAAGCUAGCAGGGGAGCGGGGGGCUCGUGCCAUCCUCUUCGACAUCACAGAUGAUGAAAGCGCCGCUGACCAGCUGAGGAAACCCAGGGGCCUGAGUCAGCCUGUGGUUCUGAUCCGGGGCCACGAUGCUGAGCUUCUGAUGGGCGUCGUGAACAAGAAUCGAGAAGCACAUGUGAAGAUUGAGGUUAAAGAGCAGCCAGCCUGGCCAGACUAUGAUGUGUGGAUUCUUCUCACGGUGCUGAGCACUGUCAUCGUGAUCGUUCUGAUUUUUGUCGCUCGCACCAAGUGUCACUGGAACAGGACUCAGGACUCCUUGCAGCAGCAGACCAUGCAGGCGAUCAGCCAGCUGGCCAUCCGGAAGUACCAGGCCCGGUGCCGACAGGCCGCCCUGAGGGAUUCGGCCAGCAGCUGCAGCUCAGCCCCCGUCUGCGCUAUCUGUCUGGAGGAGUUCAGCGAGGGCCAGGAGCUGCGGAUUAUUUCCUGUUCCCAUGAGUUCCACAGAGAGUGUGUCGACCCCUGGCUGCAGCAGCACCACACCUGCCCGCUCUGCAUGUUCAAUAUCAUCGAGGGGGCUGCCUUUGCCCAGCCUGCACAUUUGAGGCAGAAUUCCCAGGAUCUGGAACCUGGGCAGCGGCUUCACCUCUUCCGGCAACACCCAGGAUACGCCCUGUAUCACCUCCCAGAGGCCCACCCCCAGCGGCGGCUCAGGAACUUUGCUUCGCAGCUCCCCCAUGGCAACCCCUUCUUCCAUUCCCCAGAGCUCUCCCAAUUGGAUUUCAGCACCAUGCACUAUUUGCCAUACAGGCCAGUGGGCUCCAUGGCCACAUGCAGCCAUCAACCCUCUCUAGCCCAAGGCCUAGGGAAUGAGCAGCACCGAAAAUCUCCAGCAUGUGGGCAGAUGCCAUCUUCUCACAGGACCUGCCCACUUCAACACCAGGCCCAUUGCCUGGGAUUCAGGACUGCGGCAAUACCGAGACAGCCCCAUGCUGCCCCUCUUCGUCGGGGAAUCAGUCAUGGGAGGCAGCACAUCAGCAGUGGCUCAGGGGAGAGCUAUCUCACAGAGCACAGUGGGUACCUGGCUGAUGGUCCAGGCAGUGACUCCAGCUCCGGACCCUGUCAUGGCUCCUCCAGUGAUUCUAUGUUGAAUUGCACAGAUGUCAGCCUCCAGGGCAUCCAUGGCAGCUGCUCCACCUUCUGCAGCUCCCUGAGCAGUGACUACGACCCCUGGGUGUACUGUAGCUCCACUGACAAUGGCCAGGAGCAGCUGCAGCCUCCCGGAGAGCCAAGGACAAGGUCUUUGGACUUGAAGGAGACUGGCAGCACUGCAUUAGCCAAGAGUCAGAUACUGAGUCAUGUCCAUUAUCACCACCACAGGCAUCAUCACUACAGGAAAGACCUCGAGUGUCCAUCUGGGAGAUCAGGCCAGGAACCCAGCCAGCGUAGGCCCCGGUUUGCUGGGGCUGUGCCCGGUGCUCGGACACAAAAGAGGACUGAGAAAACUCGUCACUGCAAACAGCCUCUUGAAAGCAGCCCAGGGUCCCAGGAUGCAUCUCUGUCAGGACAGCCCUCCUGUGUGCAUCAGGGACCUGACCUCUCAAAGCACCUCUCCUCUUCUGCAGACAGGUCUGACUUCAGCAGGGUGGCCAGCAGGCAAGCUGGAGCAGCUGGUCCAUUGCCUUUCCCGCUGUCACAGAAACAUGGCUUACAAAGCCGUCACCACAGAAGGAAACGGAAGUGCCGCCCGGAGCCUGUCCUGGCUCACCUUUCAGAGGACUCAGACGUGCACAAAGACUGCAAUGUUCACAUUCACUAUGGCCACUCCCCUGGCUACUGCUGCUCCCCAGAAGUUCAGUCACUGUUGCCAACGGCCCCUAUGCCCUAUUGCUCAGGCUCUCAGGUGGUUUGGAAGUGCCGAGUCCCACCCUCCAACUUGAAGUCCCAGCAGCAGGACAAGGACCUAUCAGAACGGGAGGGGAAACCCACAUAUCCAGGUGAUUUCUCAGGAACAGGCACCGCAGAAGACAACACAAGUCUUUACCUCCCCUGCCAAACUCUGCAACACAAUCAGGGAUCCAAGGAGGAGAUCCAAGAUGUGUACGAACAUUCUGUUUAAUGAAAGAUGAACUCAUCUGCAUACUACAGAGAGCCAGAGUGGACAAAACAUUCAGGAAACGAACAAGAACUGGAAUCAGUGACUUAUUUCCUGUUUCUCUGAGCAGGUAGUGUAGUAACAGUCCUAGUCUGCCCCACACUGAGAAACAAAAUGUGCUGGUAACCUCCAUGAUGCCCCCUUCUGCCUGCUCCCUGCCCACUUUACUGUAUUGUGGUCACACAAACCCACCACUCCUCUCUCUUUUUAAGGCACGGACAGCACACACUGAUCAGAAGACACUCUGGGGGCAUGGACUUACUCAUUCCAACCCUGUGUCCAGUGUUCGUUAUCUGGAGAGCCUGCUGGGUAGACAUAAACCGGUAUUUUGGCAUGGUCACAAACCUGGGGGAGAUUGGAGGCUUUUGGAAAUGUUUUGGAAAUGGGCAGACCUGUGAGACUAAAAGCUGCAGAGAUGACAUUAGAGAGCCAAAUAGUUCCUGCCUUUUUCAUUUCCUCACUUAGGUCAAAGUCAGGCCAGCCUACUUCACUAACCCUGACUACUCUUAUUUCUCUAACUUAAGCACAAGAUGCUCUCUUCCAUUUCUACAUUGCAGGAGCUCUCUUAGGUCCCGAGUCCGCAAGAUGCUUCCAUUGACUGCAGUGGGAAUUGAGGGUCCCUGCCACUUGGCAAUUUACUGUCCUUCAGCUGAGGCCAGGGUGGGGACAACUUAUAUUUUUGCCCAUACUAGAAUCCAGCUGGAGGAGCAGUGAGGACAUUCAGGAUUCUGCUAGCAUUUCCAGGAAAGAGCUGGGGCUGAGAAUCUUCUCAGAAUCCAUUACGUUACCUGGAAGUGUUAUUGGAUUCCUCAUUCAUCACUUAAGUCUUUGCUUAAUUAUCAAAGUAGUUAUAAAGGCCAGGCCUGUAACUGUGCUGAGUAGCUCACUUGCAGUGCAUGUUUCAAAGCCUCUCUAAGCAUCUUUCUGGAAAGCUUGGGAAUCAUGGAGAAAUGAGAGACUAUGCUCUUAAUCCAUGAGCCAGCAUGGGUCUUCCUUCUCUGCCUUCCUCAUCGUGAUCAUUGCCAUCAUCACAUGACACAAUAAGAUGCACACUGAAGUCCUGGGAAAGCAUCUGGGACAGUAAAUGCUCAGUAGCGCCCCAUCCCAACUAACAUUUCUGGAAUCUUAAACUCUUUUCAGUGACCUGCAAAAGAAUUCUUCAAAAUCAGCUGUGUCCUUUUCUAGCUUCUUUCUGAGGGAGACAGAAGGCUGGAAAAAUUGGGGAGGGGUUUUUGUUGUUGCUUGUAUUUACUUUAGAAAUCCAGGAAUUCAUGGAUUCACAAGUGUUAAGGCCAGAAGGGAGCAUUAUGAUCAUCUAAUCUGAGCUCCUGUAAUAACACAAGCCAGAGAACGUCACUCAGUGAGCCCUGCAUCAAAUCCAUGAUUUCUUAUUGCAACAUAAGAACACAGAAUAUAGGACUGGAAAGGACCUUCUAGGUCUUUGACUCCAGUCCCCUGCUAUCGCAACCAACCCUGUCAGAUAAUCCCAUUCAUAACUGUAUCAAUCUGCAUUUUAAAACCAGUGAUGUUGUUUGGCCCCACUACCCUCCUCGGAAGGCUGUUCCAGAAUCACACUGCUCUAGAGCUGAGCUAGAGCAGAUCUGUUAGAAAGAGACGCAUAUUAAAUUUGACCUCAGUUCAGUGUGCAGCUGUGGUCAAAAAAGCAAAGACGAUGCAUGCAGAAUGGCACUGAGAAUAAUAAGGAAGCUAUUAUAAUGCCAUUAUAGAACUCAGUGGUGCAGCCUCCCCUGGACAUGGCACAGCUCUAAUCAGCCCUCUCAGGAAGGACAGUGUGGACAUGAAGGGUUUCAGAGGGCGAGGGUGAUGAGAAUGAUCAGGGACUGGAAAAACUCAUGUGGAAAGAUUGGGAUUGUUACCUUAGAGAGGAGACAGAUCAGACUAAUGAAUGGUCUCGAGAAGGGA